ACAUUCGAUAUAUCCAGCGUUUAAUACAUAUUAAAAAACAUUUAAUCUGAACGUAAAGAGAGGUGUGUGUUUUAAAGAAAUUACUUUCUCAUUUCAGGAAGACCAAGUUAACUUUAGUAUUUUCCAUUAUUGCUAUUCCCAAUUUGAAUCACAUCGUUUCCUGCUAUAUUUCCUCGCGAUAUUUAUUUUGGUAAAUGAUGGAUCUUUGAUUUACCAACGGCUUGAAAACUGUUUCUGUCUGUAUUAAAUUAUGUCAGGGACAUUUCUGUCACAUCACCGGUAGUAUCAUUGAGGCGAGAGAAAAAUCAUCAACGGUUGACUCAUUAUAUGUCAGUUGUGCUGAAUGUUCCAUUACAAACUGUCAUAUAAAAAUACCAGUUCCACCAGAAUAUUUGCUACCAGUUAUUUAUGGAUACCCUCUUUCUCUAAGUCUUCAGCCUACAUAACUUCUUUUCACUAUAUCUGCAAUUAUUAAUGUAGUCUUUUUGUCUACAGUGUGUGUGCCACGUAGAGAUGUCCCAGCCAGAAACAAACAUUCUGAGUGUUCUGCAGAAAAUAAAUCUAUGUUGAAUAUUUUCUCCACCUGUAAACAGUGUCCCAUGAGAUGGAUAUCAUAAGACAAGAAAUUGAACCAUAAUAGAUUAUAUCCACAGACAUCAGUUUUCAAGAAUUCUUCCAGAGCUAAUAUGGAGGAUGGUAAUCACUCAGACACUUCUAACACAAAUGUUUCCGAUGAUACAGAUUCUGUUAAACAGACAUCCAACGUGGGGAAACCAUUAUCUCAUAAAGAAAGGUUGUCAAAGAAAAAUAUUAAUUGUGAAAUAUGUGGAAAAUCUUUUGUGAAUUCCAGUAAUUUAACAAAACACAAAAGAUUACACACUGGGGAAAAACCAUUUCAGUGUGAGAUUUGUGGUAAGUCUUUGAAUCAGAAAUACCACCUUAUUGUCCACAAACGUAGCCACACUGGAGAAAAACCCUAUCACUGUGAUAUAUGUGGAAAAUCAUUUGUUGAUUAUACUUAUUUAACAAGUCACAAAAGAAUACAUACUGGAGAAAAAUCUUUUGUCUGUCAAAUAUGUGGAAAAUCAUUUACUCAUAAUUCUCGCCUUGUUGCCCAUGUACGAAGUCACACAGGAGAAAAACCUUUCCACUGUGAAAUAUGUGGAAAAUCCUUUGUCAGUAAUAGUUCUCUAAGAAGUCACAGCAGAAUUCACACUGGAGAGAAACCAUAUCAGUGCGUUAUAUGUGGCAAAUCAUUUAUUAGUAAUAGCGCUUUAAAGAUUCACAGAAGAAUUCACACUGGGGAGAGACCUUAUUGCUGUGAUAUAUGUGAAAAAUCUUUUGUCAAUAGCAGUUGUCUAACAAUUCACAAAAGAAUUCACACCGGAGAAAAGCCUUAUCACUGUGAAAUAUGUGGGAAAGCCUUCAUUAACAGCUCAAAACUUGUUAUCCACGUGCACAGUCACACUGGAGAAAAGCCUCACCGCUGUGAAAUAUGUGGAAAAUCAUUUAUUAGGAAUUCCCGUCUUCUACUUCACAAAAGGGUACACACUGGAGAGAAGCCUUAUUAUUGCGAGAUAUGUGGAAAAUCGUUUAUUAAUAACUCACAUCUCAUUGGUCACAGAAGAAUACAUACAGGAGAAAAACCAUUCCCUUGUGAAAUUUGUGGGAAAUCUUUCUAUUCUGGCAGUAAUUUAAGAAGACACAAUAUAAUACACACUGAGAAAAAAGAAUUCCACUGCGAAAUAUGUGGAAAAUCUUACUUUAAUAAUUGUGAUUUAAAAAGACACAAAAGAAUUCAUGAUGGAGAAAAAACAUUUCACUGUGAAAUUUGUGGGAAAUCUUUCUUCGAUAAUUGUAAUCUUAUAGUCCAUGUCCGUAGUCACACUGGAGAAAGGCCUUGUUCCUGUGAAAUAUGUGGUAAAUCAUUUAUUUGUAAAAGUCACUUGAAUAGCCACGUUCGAACACACAGUAAAGAAAAACCUUUGAAUUGUGAUUCAUACAAGAAAUUGAACCGUAAUAGAUUAUAUCCACAGACAUCAGUUUUCAUGAAUUCCACUGGUGUUGAUAUGGAGGAUGGUAAUCACUCAGACACUUCUAAUACAAUUGUUUCUGAUGAUACAGAUUCUGUUAAACAGACAUCCAACGUGAGGAAACCAUUAUCUCAUAAAGAAGGGUUGUCAAAGAAAAAUAUCAAUUGUGAAAUAUGUGGAAAAUCUUUUGUGAAUUCCAGUAAUUUAAAAAACCAUAAAAGAUUACACACUGGGGAAAAACCAUUUCAGUGUGAUAUAUGUGGAAAAUCAUUCAAUCAGAAAUACCAACUUAUUGUCCACAAGCGUAGCCACACUGGAGAAAAACCCUAUCACUGUGAUAUAUGUGGAAAAUCAUUUGUUGAUUCCACUAAUUUAACAAGUCACAAACGAACACAUACUGGAGAAAAAUCUUUUGUCUGUCAAAUAUGUGGAAAAUCAUAUACGCAUAAUUCUCGCCUUGUUGACCAUGUACGAAGUCACACAGGAGAAAAGCCUUUCCACUGUGAAAUAUGUGGAAAAUCAUUUGUCACUAAUAGUUCUUUGAGCUAUCACAGAAAAAUCCACACUGGAGAGAAACCAUAUCAGUGCGUUGUAUGUGGGAAAUCUUUUAUUAUUCAUAGUGCCUUGAAAAUCCACAGAACAAUUCACACUGGAGAGAGACCUUACUGCUGUGAUAUAUGUGGAAAGUCUUUUCUCAAUAGUGGUUCUUUAACAAAUCACAAAAGAUUUCACACUGGAGAAAAGCUUCAUCACUGUGAAAUAUGUGGAAAAUCAUUUAUUAGGAAAGCUUGUCUUGUAGUUCACAAAAGAGUACACACUGGAGAGAAGCCUUAUUAUUGUGAAACAUGUGGAAAAUCGUUUAUUAAUGUCUCAAAUCUCAUUGUUCACAGAAGAACACAUACAGGAGAAAAACCAUUCCAUUGUGAAAUAUGUGGAAAAUCUUUCUGCUCUGGCAGUGAUUUAAAAAGACACACUAUUGUACACACUGAGAAAAAAGAAUUCCACUGUGAAAUAUGUGGAAAAUCUUAUUUUAAUAAUUGUAGUUUAAAAAGACACAAAAGAAUUCAUGAUGGAGAACGAAACGGACAUUUCUGUCACAUCACCGGUAGUAUCAUUGAGGCGAGAGAAAAAUCAUCAACGGUCGACUCAUUAUAUGUCAGAUAUCCACAGACAUCAGUUUUCAAGAAUUUCUCCAGAGUUAAUAUGGAGGAUGGUAAUCUCUCAGACACUUCUAACACAAAUGCUUCCAAUGAUACAAAUUCUGUUAAACAGACAUCCAACGUGGGGAAACCAUUAUCUCAUAAAGAAGGGUUGUCAAAGAAAAAUAUUAAUUGUGAAAUAUGUGGAAAAUCUUUUGCGAAUUCCAGUAAUUUAACAAAACACAAACGAUUACACACUGGGGAAAAACCAUUUCAGUGUGAGAUUUGUGGAAAGGCAUUCAAUCAGAAAUACCAACUUAUUGUCCACAAACGUAGCCACACUGGAGAAAAACCCUAUCACUGUGAUAUAUGUGGAAAAUCAUUUGUUGAUUCCACUAAUUUAACAAGUCACAAACGAACACAUACUGGAGAAAAAUCUUUUGUCUGUCAAAUAUGUGGAAAAUCAUAUACGCAUAAUUCUCGCCUUGUUGACCAUGUACGAAGUCACACAGGAGAAAAGCCUUUCCACUGUGAAAUAUGUGGAAAAUCGUUUGUCAGUAAUAGUGCUUUAAGCAGUCACAACAAAAUCCACACUGGAGAGAAACCAUAUCAGUGCGUUAUAUGUGGAAAAUCAUUUAUUAAUAAUAGUGCCUUAAAAAUUCACAAAAGAAUUCACACUGGAGAGAGACCUUAUUGCUGUGAUAUAUGUGGAAAAUCUUAUCUCCAUAAUGAUUGUUUAACAAAUCAUAAAAGAAUUCACACUGGAGAAAAACCUCAUCACUGUGAAAUAUGUGGAAAAUCAUUUAUUAGGAAUUCUUGUCUUCUAGUUCACAAAAGAGUACACACUGGAGAGAAGCCUUAUUAUUGUGAAACAUGUGGAAAAUCGUUUAUUAAUGUCUCAAAUCUCAUUUUUCACAGAAGAAUACAUACUGGAGAAAAGCCAUUCCCUUGUGAAAUUUGUGGGAAAUCUUUCCGUUCUGGUAGUAAUUUAAGAAGACACAAUAUAAUACACAGUGAGAAAAAAGAAUUCCACUGUGAAAUUUGUGGGAAAUCUUACUUUAAUAAUUGUGAUUUAAAAAGACACAAAAGAAUUCAUGAUGAAGAAAAAACAUUUCACUGUGAAAUUUGUGGGAAAUCUUUCUUCAAUAAUUGUCAUCUUAUAGUCCAUGUUCGUAGCCACACUGGAGAAAGGCCUUGUUCCUGUGAAAUAUGUGGUAAAUCAUUUAUUUGUAAAAGUCACUUGAAUACCCACAUUCGAACACACAGGAAAGGAAAACCUUUGAAUUGUGAUUCAUGAGAAAUGCAUUCUUUGUAACUCUUAGUCUACUGACUUGUAUUCACCGAAGAUUUAUCAUUGUGAAUUAUGUUGGAAUUGUUUCUCUUUGAGAUCUUGUAUUGCAGUUUAAAAUGUAUUUUGAUAUGCGAGAAACUCUUUUACAAACACAGUUGGGAAUUAUAAACUUGUGUAUGAAAAGAUACGGAGGAAGUAAAAGUGUUAUUCUAAAUAUGUAAA